AAAUUGCUGAACAAAUAGCACUAGCUCAAGUUUGUAAAUUUGCAGGGGGUCAAGAUGUAACAUACUGAUAUGUCAUAUGUAUUUGGUGUCCGUCAAGCGUUUUUUUUUUUUAGUUAUUUGUGCAUAUUAGUUGUGGAGGUGCAUUGAAAAAUGGGAUGGAGAUCGUGGAUUUGGUAGACGUUUCAUUGUCCUUACCACCAGAGAGAUACGGUGCGAUGGAACUAGCAAACCAUAAGCACCGACUGAUAAAUGUUCUCCUCUCUUCUCAGAGACAACUGGGUGGCAGCCCUCGCUGGGGUGCUGUUUACUAUGACAGCUGAGCCAAGGAGGGACGCACCUCUUGUGUGCUGGAUUACACAACUUGAGCCUGAAUGCCCUGCAAUGCGGAGUGCGAACAGGCCAGGCUGCGCUGCAGGAGUGGGAGUGCGAGGCCGACGCCUAGCAGCUGCCGCGCGUGCUGUUGACCCAACCGAGAAUUUCCGAAAUCGCUUGGGUCAUCUGACCAGGGCAGUCACAGACGCGAGCUGCAGCUCAGCCACUUCCUUAAUGUACUGCACAUCGCUCUAUUAGUCUGCUUCACUCUAAUGUGCUUUCUCCCAGUGGUCCUUCUGUUUGCCGAAAGGAAUCAGUCAGUCACUGUUUACAUUCUGGAAAAUUAUUCACAGUAGACCAGUUUUCAUCCACACGGGAACAGCAUAUGCGUUUUUAACCAGAGCUCUGAACCGUGGUUUGUGCGGCACCCAUGGAGGUAGACUUGGAUGGUCUGUUCCUACACAACAGUACAUUUGAUUAUGGAGACUAUCAUUACAAAGGAGAUGACCUCCAGCCCUGCAGCCACCUGAAGUUUCAGGCAGUGUUCAUCCCGGUUCUGUACUCCCUGGCGCUGGUGGUUGGCCUGCUGGGGAACGGGCUGGUCCUGGGAGUUCUGUUCCAGCUGCGGCGGAUCUGGAGCGUGACCGACACCUUCAUCCUGCACCUGGCCGUGGCCGACACUCUGCUGCUGCUCACUCUGCCCUUCUGGGCUGUGGAGGCCACCCAGGGCUGGAUCUUUGGCACCGAGCUCUGCAAGCUGACGGGAGCCCUCUUCAAGAUAAACUUCUACAGCGGGAUCUUCCUGCUGGCCUGCAUCAGUCUGGAUCGCUACCUGUCCAUUGUGCACGCUGUACAAAUGUACUCUCGCCGCAAGCCCUGGGCAGUGCAGGCCAGCUGCCUGUUCGUCUGGCUGUUCUGCCUCCUGCUCUCCAUCCCCGACUGGGUCUUUCUACAGACGGUGAGCAAUCCGAGGAGAGGGGGAAGAUUAGAGUGCGCUCACAACUUCGACACCAGAGCCCAAGACUGGCGCUUGGCCUCCCGACUGUCCCACCUCACCAUCGGCUUCCUCCUGCCCGCCGUGGUCGCGGUCUUCUGCUGCUCUCGCAUGCUGCCACGGCUCCAGCAGGGUUCCCCAGGGCUGCGGAAGGCCAGCAGGCUGAUCUUGGCGCUGGUGGCUGUCUUCCUCGUCAGCUGGACGCCGUAUAACUUCGCCCUGUUAGCGGACACCGUCCGAUCGAGCGCAGAGAGCAAAAUGGGCGGUGCCUGUGAGGAGAGAGCAGCCGUCGACGUCUCUCUGGUGGUCACUGCUGCCCUAGGCUGCCUGUCUUGCUGUCUGAAGCCUGCGCUCUACGCCUGCCUUUGCGUCAACUUCCGGCGGCACCUGACGGACAAGCUGAGAUGCCGACGCGGUGCAGCUGCCGACCGGGAUUUGCCAAUUUGGGAUGAGCCAGCGCCGCCUACACCUGGGCAAUCUGAGGAACAUGACAAUGUGUGUCCCAUGGAAACAGUUAAACAAAAUCUGAACUUGGUUGACAGAGUAGAGGACCAGUUGUGAUGAAUUUAUUAUCUCAUUCAAGAAACAAUUUG